GAUUUGCAUUCUGCCUGCCUGCAAACGAAUUUUCUUUCUCUCGGCUCUUCCUCCUCAAAUACGGCAACGACGCUCUCUUCCACCUCCUACCCCACCCCACCCCACCCCCACGCACAUUCUAUCCUCACCCUUUCCAUGCUAAUGCUAAUCGAUGCCCCUCUCUCUCACCGAAUUUGGAUUUCUUUCUCCAAUAUGUGAUCUGAUCUGAUCUGGGAUUCCAUGACUAAAUUCGUCUCCUCAGAUCCCUUCUGCCUCUCUAAUCCCUAAAUUUUUCAUCCAUGGAUUGGAUAAUUUAAUCCCUCCCUCCUCUUCGGCGAUUUCAUUUUCUAAUUUAUACACCCUGAUAGUAUAAUUUCCCACGUGAAUUUUUAUUUUUGUUGUCGUUGGUGAAUAUAAUUGAUUCGAGUGAAAGGAAGGAAGGAAGGAAGGAAGCAAGGAUGUCCGCGGCCAAGCCUUCGUCUUCGUCUUCGGGACGGAUGUUCACGAUCGGGCUGGUGACGGCGUGGUAUUCAUCCAACAUUGGGGUUCUUCUGCUCAACAAGUAUUUGCUGAGCAAUUACGGAUUCAAAUACCCGAUUUUCCUCACCAUGUGCCACAUGACGGCCUGCUCCUUGCUCAGCUACAUCGCCAUCGCCUGGAUGAAGAUGGUUCCGAUGCAGACGAUAAGAUCUAGGGUUCAGUUCAUGAAGAUUACCGCUCUCAGCAUGAUUUUCUGCGCCUCGGUCGUCAGCGGCAACAUUUCGCUCAAGUAUUUGCCCGUUAGCUUCAAUCAGGCCAUCGGCGCCACCACGCCGUUCUUCACGGCUGUUUUUGCCUACUUGAUGACGCUCAAGAGGGAGGCCUGGCUGACUUACAUCACAUUGAUUCCGGUCGUCACUGGCGUCGUCAUUGCCAGUGGGGGCGAGCCCAGUUUCCAUUUGUUUGGAUUCAUCAUGUGUGUGAGUGCAACAGCUGCAAGGGCACUAAAAUCUGUCGUUCAGGGGAUUUUACUUUCGUCUGAGGCGGAAAAGUUGAAUUCAAUGAAUCUGCUCCUAUACAUGGCUCCUAUAGCCGUUGUAUUGCUUCUUCCUGCGACGCUUUAUAUGGAGGAAAAUGUCGUUGGUAUCACCAUGGCAUUAGCAAGGGAAGAUAUCAGAAUUAUCUGGUUGCUGCUGUUCAAUUCUGCACUCGCAUAUUUUGUUAAUUUGACCAAUUUUUUGGUAACAAAGCACACCAGUGCUCUAACACUUCAGGUCCUUGGGAAUGCAAAAGGUGCUGUAGCUGUGGUAGUGUCCAUAUUGAUCUUCAGGAAUCCCGUCUCAGUUACAGGGAUGCUCGGCUAUACUUUAACAGUGUUUGGCGUCAUCCUCUACAGCGAAGCCAAAAAGCGCAGUAAAUGAAAGCAGGAUCAGUCGGGAAGCACCGGCUGCUACAUCCAUCUAACGUGCAACAUGAUAAGGUGCAAAACCAAGCGAUGGAUGCUAAUUCGUGUGACUCGUAUUUGUGCAGUCGGUGCAUGUAUUUCAGCAAGCUGAGAUGUGAGGUUUCGACACAAACUCACAAACAAACACAGGAUUAGUUCCAGAGUAGAAGUUUCAAUAAGAGAACUCUGAAGGACCUUGAUUCUUCCCAGAUUUGUGUUCUUCUUAAAAGAUAAGUCAUUUUUUGCUUUUUUUUUUUUUUGACUAAAUUGUUUUGAGGGAAUUAAGGAUUUGAAUUGGGUACAACACAUCCUGCGAGUAUAGCUUCAUGACAUGAAUUAGUUAGUUAUAUAGCAAAUACAUACAGCUUUAAUAUGUUUGUUGUUCAACUGUCUCUUCCAUGAUUUUAAUUUAUAAGAUGUAUUUUUUUCUUUCCUUCCAUGAUUUUAAUUCGCAACACAC